GUGAUGUCUCAUGUGUCAGUUGUCACUGCGACGUAAAUAUUUUCCUUGUAGGUCUGUGUGUUAGUGGACUUUUUUUAAGCAAAAAGUGUGUGAAAUAGUGUACGAAAAUGUGCAAGUCGCUGAUAUUAUUCCUGUUGAACAGUAUCGAGUUUCAUAUAUGCGCUUUUCAUCGCAAAUCAUUAACAAUGUGCAAUAAAAGGACUAUGUCAAUAAUGGAUCUUCAGUGACAUAACACUCCACUUCCCCCCAUACACAACUACUAAAAAAGCAAUAAAAAAUCUAAUGGCAACUUCAUUAAAAAGAAACCGUUCGCGACGUCGCAUUGCUGCUGUUACUUUCUUAUCAAAUAUUUCCCUGGACGGCAGUUACAGAGACACCAGAUUAUCGUUACUUCCCCGUAACGGGGCUAUCAUCAAAACCACCGGUCUCCUAGCGGCGACCGAUGAACCCCUCGUCGAAGAAUCCGACGGUCCGGACGACUGCUUCAGCGACACGGACCACUCGAAAGAGAAAAUCCCCAAUCCGAAAAAGAAAUUCCAAAAAUCGAAACAUUACAACGUCGACGGACACUCGCUGAGUUCCGACUCGGAGAGUGUCACGCCGAUCAAAUCCCACCUCGAGGAAGCCGCCAAAAGCAUCAAGGACGGCAUUUCCGAGCGCAAAAUCAUCCCCACGUUUCGCAAACGCAUCCCGCAUCAGGGCUCGUUGGGGAGCGACACAGAGAAGCACCACUAUGGCAGCAGUUCCGAGAGUCUGGGCCCCUCAAUUUCGCGGUGCAAGACAAGUCCAGCCCCACCCUCGAUCCCGGAGGCGACGAAAGAAAUUAAGAUCAUCAAAGCGGCGAAAACGCACCGUUUUAAAGACGAAAGAAUCGUGAUGGUGACUUCGCGGUACAUACCAUUCAUGGUGUGCUCGAUAAUACCGUACAAGAAGAGUCACAGGAACGAGGCGAAACGGGAAAGUGGGCGGAAAAGGACGACUUCGGGGACGCGGCCCUUGUCGGCGGCCGCCGACGGCUUGGACCCCUUCGAUUCUUUGGGGAUCGAGAAAGCCCCCGAUGGACAGGAAUUUUCGUACGGGUACUUGUUGGUACCAACGAAACCGGUGAAAGAGUUUAGAGAGAAAAGGUUGAACACUAUUGACGACCCGACGGAGCCCGGGCAUGUCUCAUUUAACGUUACGAAACGUCCGCACCAUGUUUUCGCCCGGACAAAAGUUUUAACGUGGCAACCUGACUACAAAUGGUCGUUUUCGUACGAUCAGGCUUCAAUUCGAGCCAAUACGCACGUGGUAGCCGCAAGUCCGCCCCCGGACGCUAAGGACGAAACGUCGUUAAACUCCCUAGUCUAUCACCCGAAUUUACUAGACGACCCGGAAUUGAUCGCCGGGAAACACCGGACUUUACUAACUUUCACGUCUUAUAUGACGUCAGUUAUCGAUUAUGUGCGACCUUCUGACUUGAAGAAGGAAAUCAACGACAAGUUUCGGGAGAAAUUCCCGCACAUUCAGCUCACUUUGAGCAAAUUACGAAGUAUCAAGCGCGAAAUGCGUAAAAUCGCAAAAACCGAAUGUAACAUUGAUCUGGUGACCGUAGCUCAAGCGUACGUCUAUUUUGAAAAAUUGAUAUUACGUGGACUGAUUAAUAAACAAAACAGAAAGUUGUGUGCUGGCGCAAGUUUGAUAUUGUCGGCGAAACUCAACGACGUUAAAGGAGACGGCUUGAAGACGCUUCUUGAAAAGACAGAAAACACAUUCCGACUGAACAGGAAGGAACUUGUGGCAGCUGAAUUCGCUGUUUUGGUAGCACUGGAAUUCGGGCUUCAUAUACCAACGUGGGAGAUCUUCCCUCACUAUCAGAGAUUGUUAUAUGAAUCUUGACCGAUGCUUUUUAAUGUCUUGCAUGCUCAACAUAUUUUCGUUUUUAAUAAUCUUGCCAUUUAAAGUACAAAUUGUCAAUCUCCUGUACUUAAUUUCUCUGACGACGAACUACUGAUAUUAUCUAGGGUAGAUUGUAGUACUUUUGUAUGAGACUUUGACGAGGGUUUGAAAGGUGGCUGUGAUGCAUAUUGUGGAAUUUUUGGUUAGUUAGGUACCACCUUUCUUACUGAAGGUCCUUAAAGGCCAGGUGAUAUAAAAAGGUACUUGAAUUUAGCAUACUUAAUUUUUUCUAUAGUCGGUGUGUUCCUUGUUAGAUUAAGAAAACUUUGUUUUUUAUAUUUGUUAAUUCGACUUUAUUUAGUUUGUUGUUCCAUGAGGUUUUUCGUGGAAGAAAAUAAUAUUACUGGCGCUUCUUAGAUGUAACAACUCUCCAUUAGUGUGCUUUUUCUGUUAUGUGCCAUUUAAAUAAAAUCUUACGGAAG